AUGGCGGAAGUGAUGCUUCUGACACCCGCUAUAACUUUUUUUAUAAUCUGGUCAGGUGGAGCAUGUGGAUAUGGCGACCUCUACACCGAUGGUUACAAAACAAACACGGCGGCGUUAAGCACUGCACUGUUCAACGACGGCAAAUCAUGCGGAGGUUGUUACCAAAUGGUGUGCGAUGCGACCAAAGUGCCACAAUGGUGUCUUAAAGGGAAAUGGAUAACAAUCACAGCUACUAACUUCUGUCCACCCAAUUACGCUUUACCAAACGAUGAUGGAGGUUGGUGCAAUCCUCCAAGGCCUCACUUCGAUAUGGCUCAGCCUGCUUUUGAGACCAUCGCCAUUUACAGAGCCGGAAUCGUCCCUGUUCUCUAUAGAAAGGUUGGAUGUAGAAGAAGCGGAGGUAUGAGAUUCACCAUGAACGGUAGAGAUUACUUCGAGCUUGUCCUCAUCUCAAAUGUCGGAGGCGCAGGUGAUCUAUCCCAAGUAUGGAUCAAAGGCUCCAAGAGUAACAAAUGGGAGACCAUGUCAAGAAACUGGGGAGCUAAUUGGCAAAGCCUUACUUACCUUAACGGACAAAGUCUCUCUUUCAAAAUCCAAGCCAGUAACGGUAAGAUAAAGACAGCAAUCGACGUUGUUCCUUCAUACUGGCAGUUUGGUCAGAGCUUCAAGAGCAACAUUAACUUCUGAUAACUAUGGACUAGCUACUACUGUAAAUGAAAGCUUGAUUUCUUGAAAUGUAAUGUUACAUAAUUUGAAUACAUGAAACCGACCGAGUAUACGGAGAAAGUGUUAAGCUUAAUAUUAAAUGAUGGCAAACUGUUGUCAAGUGUCUAUUUAUCUCUCCUUAAUUAGUCCUUCCGCUGCUUUCGCUUUUCCCGUUCUAUUCGACAAAGCUGAGAUUCCUACUUUCCUCUCUCUCAUCUUCUGCAAAUACUUCACCUCUCCCUCUUCCAAUGCCAAUCUGCCAUUUUCACCCCAAAAAAUUAGAUCCUUUUUCACUAACUA